AUGUGCAUCGUUGUCCUCACCACCGCCCACCCCGAUUACGCCCUCAUCGUUGUCGACAACCGGGACGAGUUUGUCCUUCGUCCAACUUCCCGCCCUCACUGGUGGACUCACCCUUCUGGCGCUACUGUCCUCUCUGCCCGCGACCUUCAAAGAGCGGAGAAGGGCACCUGGCUGGGCAUUACCAAGACUGGCCAGCUCGCAGUCCUCACCAACUACCGCGAGACCGACCAACAGGAUGCCAAACACCCCAUCCACGCUGCCCGCAGCCGUGGCGGCAUGGUCACUGCCUGGUUGGGUUCCGACCCCGCAGAGCCCGCUUCAGUAUCGGUGAAUCACCUCGUCAAGAAUGGUGGUGUCAAGGGCGUCGGCGGCUUCUCCAUGGUGGCUGGAAAAUUGAAGCGAAAGCGCGGCAACGACGAAAAGCCUGAACGUGCGCUCGAAGGUAUUGCCAUCAUCUCCAACCGGUGCGACGAACUGCAGGAUGUACCGUGGAUCGGAGAGCAGCGAGGCGAGGUUUAUGGUCUCAGUAACACCGUUUACGAUGAUCCCAAGCCGUGGCCCAAGGUCGAGAACGGAAAGCGUCUAGUCACGGAGGCUAUUCAGGAAGCUGUCUCCAACAACCUGGACGAAGAUGCCCUGGCCGAGCGUCUGUUCAAAGUCCUGGACACCGAUACACUUCCCAAGCACCCCGAUAUGAGCCUGGCGGACUACAUCAAGGAGUUGAAGAAGUCCAUUUUCGUGCCCGCCCUUGGUGACGAGAGCCACCGGAAAGCCAUGGAGGAGGCAGUCUCCAGGGGACCGGGUCAAUGGGCUACGGACGACCAAAAGGCAGCUGAGGACCUGCAACUAGGCGAACGACCUGAUCCUCCUGCUCAAGGCACUGUGGGCUUCGAGGUGGGGUUGUACGGGACACAGCGACAGACCAUCAUCAUGGUCGACUGGGAUGGCAACGUGACAUACCGCGAGAGAGCACUGUGGGAUGGCAAUGGCAACGUGAUUGGGAGGGGCCAAGGAGAUGAGGUCUUCAAGUUCAAGAUUGAGGGAUGGGAGAGCUGA